AUGCCUGAUAAGGGAGAGAAUAGCACUAUAGCACACAGCUCCUGCCCCCAGUCAGGACACCUCUGGGAGCAACCAAGUCCAAACACGACCGACCAGAUCCUGACCAUCAGUGACCUGGAGGAGACGUGCAUGCCCACGUCGCCACAGCCCCUACUCCCAAACCCGCAGGGACAUGUCCUAGCACCCCUCGGCUCUCCCACUGCAGCUGGACUAAUCAUCCUCUACACUGGGAGCUCCAUUGUGCCUGAUUUGAAAAUACCCUAUGGUAUUUCCAUCCUGUCAGGUGCUGUAUCGUGCUCAGAUGAUGAGCUGCUGCCCUCAGACGAUGAGUGUCCCCCCAGCCGAGAUCAGCCCCACCUCCGUUUUGAGAUCAAAAGCGAUGACGGCUUCAGUGUGGAGGCAGACAGCGUAGAGGAGGCCUGGAGUGCAGUGAUAGACUGUGUCCAGGAGGCGCGGGCGGGGGCCAGGCUUCGGCAGCUGUCCUUCCUUGGGAUGACAGGUGCCCAUAUGCUGGGCCUGCUCCACGAUACAGAGCAGCUCCAGGGGGCCCACCGCUGCCAUAGCCACGCCUUCCGUUUUUUUAAACAGAUCAGCCAAGAGGAGGACCUGCCUGUCAACCCCUCUGGAUGCGCCCGCUCUGAGGUCUAUCUCAGGUCAGUGUCCCGGUUCCACUUCGACAUGUUCAACUUCCUGGCUUCCCAGCACCGCCAGCUGCCUGACAUCAACCCCUACGAUGAGGAAGAGGAUGAAGUCCCACUCAAAUCCACAAGACGUGCCACUAGCUUGGAGCUCCCCAUGGCCAUGCGCUUCAGACAUCUGGAGAGGACAUCUAAGGAGGCUGUAGGCGUGUACAGGUCUGCUAUCCACGGCCGAGGUCUGUUCUGCAAGAGGAACAUCGAUGCUCAGGAGAUGGUCAUCGAGUAUGCCGGCAUCGUCAUUCGCUCAGUGCUCACAGACAAGCGGGAGAAGUACUACGAUGGCAAGGGUAUCGGCUGCUACAUGUUCGGUAUUGAUGACUUAGACGUGGUAGACACCACCAUGCAUGGCAAUGCGGCGCGCUUCAUCAAACACUUGUUGAUGAAUAUCCAGCAGAGCUGGCCUGUCUAGUUCGAUGAAGCAUACAAAGCACUAGUUGGAAACCUGAAGUUACCAUGACGAUCUCUCCCAGAACUGGUUCAGAAAGCUAUAUGUUCUAUAUGGUAGCGUUAUUUUAAAGUAUAACAAAGUGUAAAAGACAUAAGACAAUGUGUGAACUUGUCUUUGUUACCUUGUACAAAAAAAACUAAGUUUGCAAAUAAUUGUAUACAUAUUUCUAAACAUUUAAAUUUUUCUAUGGACUUUUUAUUUAUAAUAUUUGC